AUGGCUAUUCGUCACUUUAGGAAGAAACUUGAUGUAGAUCAUGAAAAUCAAAGUGAUAUUUCGUCCAGUGAUGACAGCAGCUCAGAUGAAUCUCCAAUCAAUCACCAAAUACAGCCGCAUGGCACAGAGAGUAUAGAAAAAUCGAGUCCAUCUCGUCAGUUGCACGGUGAUCUUCGUACAUCCAGCAGAACGUUAGAAGGUCCUCGUUCCUCUGACUUGAUUAGAAAUCAGCAGCAGAGCGAGGAUGAGCAUGAAAUCGAAACAAGCAAUGAGAACGAAGACUCAAAUGAUGAUACGACUGAUUCAACCGAUUCCUCUGACGAUGCAACAAGUGAAGAUGAAGUCGUUCUUCAUAAACCAAUUUUUCUCAAGAAAUCAAGAGGAGGCUCUAGUAUAACGAAAUUAGAUACGAGUCGAGUGCAACCUACCUCAGAGCGCAGCAACAAGAAAGAGAGAACGUUACAGCGGAUUGAACAUGAGCACAGAGUUAUAAAAGACGGAGAGCAACACCGUCAAAUUGGAGCUAAUUAUAGCUCGGACAAAUCUCAGGUGAUUCUACUUAUGGCGCUUGACGAUAACGAUGAGAUAGAUCCUCAAGCAGAACAUGAAGCGUGGUUGGAAAGACAAAGAGCAAGAGAGCUGAGAUUGCGUGAAAAACUUGAGGCUAAACAAGCAGAAUUCGAGGAAAGAGAAGAUCGGAUACUCAAUAGCCAAGGCACGCAUAGCUCGUCCACACAACCUAUGAAAAGUGGUUUACAGUUCAAGCCACAAGAUCGAAUAAAGAGGCAGAAGAUUGCUGGCGUCAAGGACGAAAAGAAAAAUCAAAAGACAAAAACUGUGUUUUAUCAAGAUGAUGGUAAUGCCGAUUAUGGAAAAAUUCCUGAAAAACAGAACUCUUCAGGCAGAACAGCCAAAUUCUCAACAAAACCUCGUGCCCUAGACAAAUUACAGAUUUCAUUGAGAAAAGAUGUUGGUAACAGUCCAAACGAGGACAAUGAAUACUCAAUCAUAUGA